AUGGCAGUGGAUCUCAAAGCCCAUCUGACGCUCUCUAUUUCAUUUGGAUCAAACAAUGAUUUAGCCCUUCAAUCAACAUACAAUCCUCAAGCCAUAGUAAUUCUGGAACCGCAACACAUGAAUCACCCAGUUAUUUUACACUCUGAUGCAAACACAAAAGAGAGUGCAAUUGCUCUAUCUGCAAAAACAAGAAGGAAGUUGCGACGUACAAAGAUGAUUACAGCUGAUGGAAGUUUGAAUGAAACAGUCAAUACGAGUGAGAUGUAUUCUGAGGACUCAACAAUACAGAGGUGUAACAGGAGGAACUUGCUAGCUCAUGACGAAAACAAUAAACCUUCUGAGGGUGAUGAGAUUCUUUCAUGGAAUUCUUGUGGUUUGGGGUUAGCUAGAAAGAAGAGGACAGUUUCAAAGUUAAUCAGGGAUUUUGAUAUAGAGGCUGAAGGUACUAAAGGGGGCAUUCUGGCUAUGUGGGAUAACUCUAAGUUUGCGGUAUCAUCAGUGGAGUAUGGUCAUGGUUGGAUCGGGUUAUUUGGGCAGAAUAUCUUGACAGGCUUCUCAGGGGCGGUGGUAGGUGUUUAUGCCCCUUGCAAUCAAGCUGACAGACUUCUUCUUUGGAAAGACCUUCGUAUUCUGAAGGCUGCUUUUGAGUGUCCUUGGUUUUUAGCAGGUAACUUCAAUGAAACUAUGUUGCGAAGUGACAGAAGCAGUGGCUUCAUUAAUAAGGUGGGUUCAACGGCUUUUAGACUUUUUAUUGAUGAUUGCAACCUAAUUGAGUACAACAUGUCAGAGGGUUUGUACACCUGGUUUCGUGGGGGAUCCAUGAGUAAACUAGACCGUAUUUUUUCUAGUCCUUGUUGUCAUUUGCAAUUCCCCCUUCUGUCUCUUCGACGGCUUCCAAGAGGGUUCUCUGAUCAUUGCCCUUUAAUCCUAGGGGUUUCACCUGCAGAAAAAGGUUGGAUUCCUUUCAAAUUCAUGGAUUGUUGGCUCCAUCAUCCAAAUUUUAAAGAUAUCGUAAAGGGUAUAUGGGAUGAAGCUUGCAAUGAAUUUUCAGGUCAGUUCAAGCUCAUUAAGAAGCUCAGCUUUAUGGCAACUCGGCUAAGACAGUGGAAUAGGGUUGGUUUUGGGCAUCAGGAGACUGCUUUGUCAUUGAUCCAAAGCAAUAUUUCAGCUAUAGAAAAGAAAUCAGAGUAUGGGCAAUUAUCUACUGCAGAGCAGAACUCGCUUGAUUCAUUGAUCAAGAAACAGUGGCAAUGUAACUUGCAUAUAGAAAGCAUGUGGCGUCAAAAGUCUCGCCAAAUUUGGUGUCACCUGGGAGAUCGCAACACGCGUUUCUUCCAUCUAGUUGCUAACUUCAGGAGGGCUAAAAACCAUCUCCUGAAAGUGGUUCAUAAUGGUUCUGUUGUUGAAGGUUUACUGAUCAUAAAAGAUGCAGCAGUUAACUACUUCUCCAACUUAUUCAGAAGUCCUGAUAGAUUCCGAAUUGGUUUAGGGCCUAUUGGUUUUAAAACACUCUCGGCUUCUUCUUCAGCUAGCUUGGAGCGAGAUAUCACUUUGGAAGAAUUAAAGCAGAGUGUUUGGGAUUGUGAUGGGAGCAAGAGUCCGGGUCCAGAUGGUUUCAAUUUCAAAUUCUACAGGCUUGCUUGGAAUUUCAUUGCAGAUGAUCUGUUAGACCUGGCCAAGAAUUUCUUCAAAACAGGUAGGCUUCCAAAAGGAGUCAAUCAUGCUUAUGUUCAUCUAAUUUCGAAGAUAGCUUCCCCAGUUGGCUUCAAAGAUUUCAGGCCUCUUAGUUUGAUUCAUGGCAUUUACAAGAUAAUGGCUAAGGUUCUUUCUAGCCGUCUGAAAGCGGUUAUGCAUGACCUUAUCAGUGAGAAUCAAACAGCUUUCUUGGCAGGGAGGCAAAUAAUUGAUGGGUUUUUGGUUGCCAAUGAAGCAGUUCAUUCCUUGAAAAGACACAGAGUGUCGAGCCUUAUCUUUAAGGUGGAUUUUCACAAAGCUUUCGAUAUGCUGAUUAAUGGAUCUCCUUCUAAGGAAUUCUUGAUGGGCCGUGGGAUUCGCCAAGGUGACCCCCUUUCUCCAUUCCUUUUUCUAAUAGCAGCAGAGGGAUUAUCUGUUUUGUUUCAAAGAGCAGCUUCAAAUGAUCUUUUCAAAGGUAUCCCUUUUGGAGACGGCUUUUACCUCAGUCACCUACAAUAUGCAGACGACACUUUGAUCUUCAUGCCUGCUAAUCUUCAUAUGGUCAAAACAGUUAAAAGGAUCCUGUUGUGGUUCGCUAUUUGUUCAGGCAUGCCUUUAGGAUCCAAUCCUAAAAUAUUGUCUACAUGGAAGCCUAUUAUUGAGAAUUUCAUACGAAAGUUGAGCAUGUGGAGAGGUCGUAUGCUUAGUAUGGCAGGACGUAUCUGCCUAAUCAAAAGUGUCUUGAGUUCAUUGCCAGUAACAACCCAUUUUUACUCCCCAACUUUCGAGAAUGGAAUCCCAAAAUUGCAUGGUCAUAUUUCCCCAUUUUGGAAAGAUGUUUUGUCAAUCUUGGAUCCAAAUAGUGUCAUCGGCUUAGUAUUGCGUGAAAACAUUAAAUUUAAGAUUGGAGAUGGAUCCUCCAUCUUUUUCUGGUCUGACGUGUGGAUAGGAUCAAAUGCUUUACGUAGCAUUUUCCCUAAGCUUUACAAAAUUUCUACUUUUCGGAAUGGUUUGGUUAAUGAGAUGGGUCAAUGGGUGAAUGAUCAAUGGCGAUGGAAUUUGGUUUGGCGUAGGAAGCUCUUAUCUUAUGAAGAGCAACAAUAUCAUCAUUUGCUCUCAAUGCUGGAGCCAACGAUAAUUCGUCAAGGAAAAGAUGACAAACUUAUAUGGCCAUGCAACUCUGAUGGAAGCUUCUCAGUUAAAUCGUGUUGCACCCUAAUUGACAAUACCUUCUCUGCGACUGAUAGAGUCUUCGAAGCCAAUGUUUGGAUUAAAGGCCCCCCCCCGAAAGUUCAGGUGUUUCUCUGGUUGGCAGUACAGGACAAAGUUUUACAAGCUAAAACAAGAGCUCCUGCUGAUUCCAAAGCAAUAGGACCGGCAUCUGACCUUUUGGCCACCUAA